AUUGGCAGUCGAUAAAAAUUAAAAACCGCAGUUCAUAUUUUGGUUUCCUUCGUUUCCGGGUUUGUUUCCUCCUGAACGCGGGGUAACUUUAUCGACAGCUGAAAUCGCAACCUGUAUUUAAUCCGUAUAAUCUGUGGUGUUUUAAUUUGUUGUCCAAAUGCUUUCGGACCUGCGUCUGCUCAUUUCUGCGCUCUGCAAUUUAUGAACAUUUUCCAGUUUUUGUGACUUUCUUUACAAAAUUCGGAUCCAUCGUCUGUUUCGGUUAUUUGACUGGAUGCGUUAGUAUAUUGUCAGAAAAAUGUCGGACGCCAAGUAUUUUACCACGACGAAGAAGGGCGAGAUCUUCGAGCUGAAGAGCGAGCUCAACAGCGACAAGAAGGAGAAGCGUCGGGAGGCGGUGAAAAAAGUGAUCGCCAGUAUGACCGUGGGCAAAGAUGUCAGUGCUUUAUUUCCGGAUGUGAUCAACUGUAUGCAGACGGAUAAUUUGGAGCUGAAGAAGCUGGUGUAUUUGUACCUUAUUAAUUACGCCAAAACCCAGCCGGAUCUGGCCAUUCUGGCUGUCAACACAUUCGUUAAGGACUGCGAUGAUCCGAAUCCGCUGAUCCGCGCCUUGGCGGUGCGGACGAUGGGCUGCAUCCGCGUGGACAAGAUCACGGAGUAUCUGUGUGAUCCGCUGCGCAAGUGCCUGAAGGACGAGGAUCCCUAUGUGCGCAAGACGGCGGCGGUCUGCGUGGCCAAACUGUACGACAUCAACCCCACGCUGGCCGAGGACCAGGGCUUCCUGGAGGCCCUCAAGGAUCUCCUCUCCGACUCCAAUCCCAUGGUGGUAGCCAACGCCGUGGCGGCGCUGGGCGAGGUCAACGAGACCUCCCCGCAUCCCAUCAUCGACAUGAACACGGCCAUGGUCAAUAAACUGCUGACAGCCCUCAACGAGUGCACCGAGUGGGGCCAGGUCUUCAUUCUGGACUGCGUGGCCAACUACACGCCCACCGACGAACGCGAAGCACAAGGGAUUUGCGAGCGUGUGUCGCCGCGUCUGGCGCACGCCAACGCCGCCGUGGUGCUGUCGGCGGUCAAGGUGCUGAUGAAGCUGAUGGAGAUGCUGCCGGCGGAAUCCGGGGAAUUCGUUGCCUCCUUGUCCAAGAAACUCGCGCCGCCGCUGGUCACCCUCCUCUCCGCCGAACCGGAAAUCCAAUACGUCGCCCUGCGCAACAUCAACCUCAUCGUCCAGAAAAAGCCGGACAUUCUGCAGCACGAAAUGAAGGUCUUCUUCGUCAAAUACAAUGAUCCCAUCUACGUCAAACUGGAGAAGCUGGACAUUAUGAUCCGCCUGGCCUCCCCGGCCAACAUCGCCCAGGUGCUGGCCGAACUGAAGGAGUACGCCACGGAAGUGGACAUUGAUUUUGUCCGCAAAUCAGUACGGGCCAUCGGUCGGUGCGCCAUUAAAGUGGAACAGUCGGCGGAACGCUGCGUCAGCACGCUGCUGGACCUCAUCCAGACCAAGGUCAACUAUGUCGUCCAGGAAGCCAUUGUCGUCAUAAAGGAUAUUUUCCGGAAAUACCCCAACAAAUAUGAGAGUAUCAUCUCCACAUUGUGCGAAAAUCUGGACACGUUGGAUGAACCGGAUGCCAAGGCGUCGAUGAUCUGGAUUAUCGGUGAAUACGCGGAGCGCAUUGAGAACGCCAACGAGCUGCUGGAGUCCUUCCUGGAGGGCUUCGCCGACGAGAACAGCCAGGUGCAGCUGCAGCUGCUGACCGGCAUCGUCAAGCUCUUCCUGAAGCGGCCCACCGACACGCAGGAUCUGGUGCAGAAGGUGCUGACCCUGGCCACCCAGGAGAGCGACAAUCCCGAUCUGCGCGAUCGCGGCUAUAUUUACUGGCGGUUGCUGUCCACCGAUCCGGUCAUUGCCAAACAGGUGGUGUUGGCGGAGAAGCCGUUGAUCUCGGAGGAGACGGACUGUCUGGAGCCGACGUUAUUGGACGAGCUGUGCUGCCACAUCGGCACCCUGGCCUCCGUGUACCACAAACCGCCGACGGCCUUCAUCGAGGGCCGCACAGCCAUCACCCGCAAAUCCCUGCCGGCCCGCGUGGCCUCCACCAACGGCGGCCAGAGCCCGGGCGACGCCGGGGCCUCCCCGCAGCGCCCCUCGGUCAUUCCCAACCAGGAUUCCCUCAUCGGUGACCUCCUUAGUCUGGACCUGGGUUCACCCGCUGGACCGCCGUCUAUGGGCGGCUUCGCCAUGGGCGUGGGGGUGCCCAGUGGCCCCACGGGGGCGCAGGGGCUCCUGGAUGCCGAUCUGGACAGUCUGCUGGGACCGUCGGAGCCGUCGAGUGACCCGAUGAGCGGCAGUUUAGGUGGCGCCAGCAGUCAGAUGGGCGGAUUCGGCGGCGGCAGUGGAGGGCUGGCGGAUCUGGUGGGAUUCGGCGGCGGUGGACACACCGGACCCGCUGGCAGUGCCGGACUGCUGGGCGACAUCUUCGGAUUGGCGCCCGGUGCGCCCUACGUGGCGCCCAAACAGGUGUGGAUGGACCCGGCCAAAGGCAAGGGCCUGGAAGUGCACGGGACCUUCGCGCGCCGCAACCGGCAGGUGUGCAUGGAGCUGACGCUGAGUAAUCGCGCCAUGCAGGCUAUGAGCGACUUCGAUAUCCGCCUGAAUAAAAACAGUUUCGGUCUGACGCCCUCGGCGCCGCUGGUCGUCCGCUCGCCGCUGCCGCCCAAUCAGAGCGCCGAAGCCAGCCUGGUCCUCAACGUCACCGGGGAGAUCGCCAAACAGACUCCCCUCACCAAUCUGCAGGUGGCGGUGAAGAACAACAUUGGUGUGCACUACUUUGCGUGUCUGGUGCCGAUGCACGUGUUCUUCGUGGAGGAUGGGUUGAUGGAGAAGGGCGUCUUCCUGGCCACGUGGAAGGACAUUCCGCCGGAGAAUGAGAAGCAAUUCGAGAUACACACCGCCAUUCAGGAUAUCGAGACGAUCAGCGGUAAACUGCAGGCCAACAACAUCAUGACGGUGACGAAGCUGACCACGGACGGGCGGCAGUUAGUGUACUUAUCCCUGAAACUGACCAUCGGCAUCUGGGUGCUGUGCGAGCUAAAGGUCAACGCCAUCGCCAGCGGCCACACCCUGGCGCUCAAAUCCCGCGUCCCGGACGUGUACGGCGGCGUCGUCGAGACUUUCCAGGGCAUUUUAUUAUCCUGAACAGCCAGGACCCGGUCGGAAUAUACGCCCCCCGGGGUGGGGAUAAUUUCCGGAAUUUUUUGAAUAAAAUUAUUGUCGUUGAUUGCGCGGUUUUGUCGCUUGGAAGGUGAUGCGGGGACCGGCGGGGAUUUAUCCCCCGGGGAUUAUUAACGUAGGUGGUGUGGCACCUCCAAGCGGUGAUGUUUUGUUUGUCUUAACGAUUUUAUUGUCUCAGCGGAGGAUGAUGUGUGUACACUGAUUUCUGAUGCGAAAUUCCGUUUAUUCAUUUGAUUUCCGUUGACGAUUAAUUUAUAAAAAUGGUAUUAAUAAAAAUUGUGCUAAA